UUCUUGCUAGCUAUCAAAAUGUGUUAGCUAUAGUUACUAAAAAUCGAACUAUAUCAACAAUUUCGGUUUUGGUUAUGCGUCAUUAAAAUGUUUGCAUGUUAUAGUCAUUAAAAUGUUUGCAUGUUAUAUAAGUAGCUAAUUUCUCUAGUCUUCUCGAACUAGCUAGAUAACGUUAGCACAACAAAUUAGCUACCAGAUGUGAGCUCACCAUGUAAUUUCUUGGUUAACUAGCUAACCAAGUUAGCUUUCUCUCAGAGUCUGUAUUUAAUGUAUUAGAUGACUAGGUUUUGAAUUUGGGCUAUGUUAAACUUUAUAGCUGGAGUAAUGGUAACGUUAGGACAACUGCUGAAGUGCGACACAUUAUUAUAUCUUACCAGGAAUAUGACUAACGUUACUUUGCUGAACAAUAAUUUGUUUCGCUAAGUAAGGAAUAUGUUUUAUUUUACUGUCAGAAAAGACGUCUGAAUCAGUUAGUUGGUUUUAACAUCGCGUGUUUUUACAUAUUUUAACUGUAUUAGGUUGAACAAAAACAGUCCGCGGGAAGCCAGAAGUUAAAUGCAAUUCAAUUUCAACGUGACGUUAACUUACUGUGCCUGUGGAAAGGACGGUUGGUCAUUUUGACGAAGGGAAUUUGAGACAAAAUAUCGACACUAAGUUGAAAUGCAAUUGUAUUUAACUUCUGUAUUCUUGCGGUCUGUUUUGUGCAAAACAAUUCAAUUGAAAGUAACGCUAAUGUAUGUAAGUACACCUGCGUUACUAAAAGUAGCUAAGAACCAGUGGUUGUGCUCGAUUAAAUGGUAUCAUUUACUGGUAACCUUUAUUGGGAUUUUUUUAAAUCUAGCUACUUGAUCCUCGUUAUAUUACUCAGGGUUACGAUUGGAUCUAGCUAACGUUACAACAUUUUAGGAUAUUCCACAAACAGAAUUACAACUGGACAGUUAAGUGUAGGUUCACAUUUUUAAGGGGGAGAUUUGACUCAAACUGCAACUAUGCGAUGAAACAAAUCCAUUUAUUUCCACUACUGCGUUUGUAUUUACAUUAUUUAUGUAUGUUUUGUCUAUGAGUUGUUCAAAACAGUUAAACAAUUGUGUUUGCUAUGUCACCAGGUGGGAGUAAAAGAGUGCUGAAGUAUGGCGGCGGAGCAGCAAAGAGGGAUCCGAGUCACUCAAGCAGAGCUUCUCUGCAAGGAUGUGUGUGGUUAUUAUGGCAACCCUGCAUGGCAGGGCUUUUGCUCCAAGUGCUGGCGAGAACGAACCCGCAAAGCAGAGGCGGACAGGCAGGAGACUGGGCCCCAGAAUGAUGCAGGUUCUCCCCUCACCUUUUCUAAAUUCGAGGAGAAGAAGAAUAUGGAGAAGGGUCGCAAAGUGAAUACGAUGAGGAGGCUCUUCUGGGGUGGACCGUCCCCUCCUAAACGCACAGAGUCUUCAGAGGGCCAGGCGGCUACAUUAAAAGCCUAUCAGAGCAUUGAGCCAGGGGAUUUUACCAGCUUCCUGAAGCUGCUGAGGAACCCAUCCUCUCAACGUCUGCAGUCCCGUUGCACUGCUUUCCUAAACACCAUGGAGGCUUACCACGGCCUGCCAGUGCAGAAGCAAUCUGACCUUGUUCAAGACUUUUACCAAAACAUCGCUGUGCAUUUCAGUAGUCUUUCAGAGGUUCAGGUCUCUCAGAUGAUGGAGCACAUGGAGAAGCUGAUCAUGACGCGUCUGCACAAGUGGGUGUUCUGCCAUGACAGCUGUGACGAUGAAGUGAAAGACUUGGCACUCCAGAGGAGGAUACGGUCCUUAAACUGGGUCACCCCCCACAUGCUGAGGGUGCCUUUCCCUGACGAGAGGGCUGAGGUUGUCAGCGAUCCCUUUCUGCCUGCUAUAACAGCCAUAAUUGAGAUGGAUGCCAAGCGAGCGCCACAGGACAAGCUUACAUGCGUAUGUAAGUGCAGUCAGAAUGUCUUCCAGGCUCUCUCCACUUCCAAUAGUGAGCCAGCAAAUGCUGAUGACUACCUGUCUGGCCUGAUUUACGUAGUACUAAAGGCCAACCCACCCCGGCUUCACUCCAACAUGCAGUAUGUGAUCCGCUUCGGCCUCCCUCACAGCCUGAUGGCAGGAGAGAGUGGCUACUACUUCACCAAUUUGUGUUGCGCAGUGGCCUUCAUUGAGAAGCUGGAUGGGCCAGCACUCAACCUAAGCCCAGAGGAGUUUGAGGGGUACAUGCAGGGUCGCCGUGCUCCCUCAAAGAGGGGCAGUGAGAGGCAAAAGAUGACCAGGGAGACGCAAGACCAACUAGAGGACCUGAAGGGUCGACAGGAGAAGGUGGACCAAGGAAUAAAUGCCCUCAAAGAGCAGCUACAGCAUUGGGUACAGUCGGUCAAGGCACAGAUAGAUGAGGUAAAAUCCCAGUCUGCUCUGGCACAAGAAGAAAUUAAAGCCCAGUCAGAGUUUUUGCAAAGCCAAUCUGUCUCUACUCUAACACAGGCAGAUGAUGUCAAAGACCAGUCGGUGCUGUUGCUAGAUGGUCAAGAGUCCAACAACAACACUUGUCUAACAGAGGCAGAGUGUUAGCCAUAUUAAGACGGGUACAGUGGGCAACCUUUUUACCCUGGUUCGUCAUGCUUGUGUGAGCUUUGUGGGGUAAAUAUUAGUGAGUUGCAGGUGAUCGGCUAAAAUAAGUAUUUGUGGGACUAUAGGAAGUAGCUUAAUUGAUAGCAGAGGAGGUACCAAAUAAGGGCAUACAUUUUUGGUUUGGUGGGAUCCUCAAAGAAAAACAGACCUCAACAUUCCUUGAUGCCAACUUUGCACACCAAAAGCACAACCUGAUGACAAAUGCUGAUGCUGAUCUUGAAACCAUUGUUAACACAAGCAAUUAUAUUUGGUUUAACAGGUCACAAAGUGCUGUCAUCUGUUUACAUUCUUGACCUUGUUUAACGUUUCUACGGUUCUCUUAUUUGUUUGUACAGUACUCUCUUAUCUAUAAGAAAUGUGCUCUUAUAUGCUGUCAAAGAAAAGCUAUGUCUUGCACCCUGAAGUUUGUUAAAUAUCAGGACAGUAGGACAAUUAUUUUUGUAAUUUAGCACUUACUGGGGUAGUGAGCAGACUUACUAUUGAUUGCUGCUAUCAUAUUUCUUAGAUUACUCAAUUAAGAUAAACCCAAGUGCCUUUGCAAAAACUACUAAUGAAGAUUGUGAAUAAAAUGUGAAACCUGUUAUUGUAGAACCCUGUAAAGUAGAGGUAGCUCAGUCAAAGUAGAAUACUUCAUUUGAAUGUUUGUGAUUAUGGAUUAUGUCUUUCCAAUAUUAGACUGUUGAAGGUACAGUUACAAUACCUGUUCUUGUUUAAAAGCUGAUUAUAUUCCAUGUAGUCAUUCUACUCAUUAAUAGCACUAACUUUUGUGAAGAGCCUUGUUUACAUGUUUUAAAUAAAGUUUCUGAAGAUCAUGAAGAAAUAUUGUUAGUGAAUGUACAGCAGAACCUCUAAUUAAAGAAAAAAACAUAAGGAAA